CUAUGCUAUAAAAGUUAAAUAAUGAACCCAUGUUAAAGUUGUUACAUACCUGAUCUGUCAUUAAUUGAUACACGGCUUUAUCUUAUGGGUGAAUAAAUGUACAGUGUUGAUGCUGAACUUAUACUGUGAUCUAAUUAUAAAGAAAACGAUGCUUGACAUGAAAAAUAAAGAAAUGCAGAUUUGACUUGAAAAAGCUAUGCCUAAAUCGAAAGUAUUGUUUGGAAUAUUUGGAAGGCAAAAGUUACAGACUGAGAAAUGUAUCAAUCAGGCUUUCAGUUGCAGUUCCCGCCUACGUACCACGGCCUGGAGUUACACACACGGAACAAGUGAUGUCCCCUUGCGAGGGAUCACUGUUGGUAAACUGCUAAAGUCACAGACGGAGAAAACUCCCGACAGAGAAGCCGUUGUAUUUCCGUCGGCAGGUGUCAGGAAGAAAUUCUCACAGUUACUUGAAGAGAGUGAUCGUUUUGCAGCGGGUCUGUUAGAGCUUGGACUCAAGAAAGGAGAUCGAGUAGGAAUUUGGGGCCCCAACUCGAUAGAAUGGGUCCUCACACAGUAUGCCACGGCUAGAGCAGGGUUGGUUUUGGUGAAUAUAAACCCUUUAUACCGAAGCUUUGAACUGGAGUAUGCUCUACAGCUGGUUGAUUGUAAAGCGAUAGUAUGUGCCAGAGAGUACAAAGACCAACUGUACUAUGAGAUAAUGUUCCAGCUGGUACCGGAACUGGCUUCGUGUAAACCAGGGCAACUUCGAAGUCACGUUUUAUCAAGCUUAAAGUACAUUAUUAUGAUGGGUGAAGAGGCAUUUCCAGGAACCUUAAAGUUUUCUGACGUCAUGAGCGCCGGAAGUGAAGCAAGCGUCCGGAAGAUUGCUGAUCUGCAAGACAGUCUGCAGUUUGAUGAUCCUAUAAAUAUCCAGUUUACGUCAGGUACAACUGGAGUUUCAAAAGGAGCAACACUUUCCCACCAUAAUAUUGUCAACAACAGCUAUUUCACUGGUUUGCGACAAGAUUUCCAUAACAGGCCAGCUCGGAUUUGUUGCCCUGUGCCUUUGUAUCAUUGUUUUGGGAUGGUUCUGGCGUGUUUGCAGAUACCAAACCAUGGUGCCACUUGUGUAUUCCCGGCUCCGGGAUUUGACCCCUCUUCUUCUCUUGCAGCUGUUGCCACGGAAAAGUGCACAGCAUUAUAUGGCGUGCCAACCAUGUUCAUAGAUAUGCUAAACCACUCUGAAUUCCACAAGUUUGAUCUUUCGACGCUAUACACCGGUAUAAUGGGGGGAUCGCCAUGCCCUAUUGAAACUAUGAAACAAGUUAUUGCUAAAAUGCACAUGGACGAAGUUACGGUAUGUUACGGCACCACAGAAAAUAGCCCUAUAACGUUCCAGACCGAUCGAAAUGAUCCGAUUGACAAACGUGUGUCAACGGUCGGAACUGUCCAUCCACAUGUAGAGGCCAAAAUCAUUGAUGAAAAUGGGAAAAUAGCACAAGUUGGUACCGCUGGAGAAUUAUGCACGAGAGGUUACACUACAAUGCUCGGGUACUGGGGGAACGAAGACAAAACACGAGAAGUCUGUCUUCCCGACAGAUGGUAUCUUACAGGGGACAUAGCUAUUAUGGAUGAAAACGGCUUUGUACAGAUAUCAGGUCGAAUUAAAGAUAUGAUCAUACGAGGAGGGGAGAACAUUUAUCCGUUAGAGAUAGAGCAAGUCUUGUAUACCCAUCCAAAGAUCAAAGACGUCCAGGUUGUUGGUGUGCCAGACAAACGCUUCGGGGAGCAAAUUUGUGCCUGGGUAGAGUUAAAGGAUGGCGAAACAGCGACAGAAGAAGAAAUCAGGGCGUUUUGUAAGGAAAAGGUUGCAAGGUUUAAAGUACCAAAAUAUGUUCAGUUUGUCAAAGAUUUUCCGCUGACGGUGACUGGGAAGGUACAGAAAUACAAAAUUAGGGAAGCAGCUACUAAAUCACUGGGACUAGAACAUGUACUGCGGUAGACUAUAUUCAAAUUGAAUGACCGUGUGAGCGACCACAUGUCAUAAAGUGUCACAAAGGUGAAAACGACUCGCCUCAGAAUACAACCUUGCCAUUGGUUAGUUUAAUGUUGUUAUUAGGAACAACCAAUCAGAUGCUAAAAUAGUGAGACUGGUCAUCAAGCAAAUUUAAUAUCCUUGAACUGAGAACCGUUCUGACAAGUACAAAAUAGUGACCAUGCCUACAUUUAUAAUGUAAAGAAAACCUUAUCAUUCAGUGAACAGUCACUUAGUUUUAUUCAACCUUGAUGAUUGUAUGUUCUGAAGAUUGUAUAUACAUGUAUGACAUUUAAGACAGAGUAUGUAACAUUUUGUAAUUUCAAAAGAGUAUACUAGUAUAUUUUUUGUAUUGACUGAUACUGUACCGUGUGUUUUUAUUCGAACUCUUACAACAAAUACCUAUUUAUAAUCUAAUUAAUUUUCAAAAUACUUUGGUAUCUAUUUAAUCUUGAAUGAAUCCUCGAUGAAUUGAUAUUUGCAACUGAGUGAAAAUUAUGAAUUAUAGUAUUUAAGCUGAUGCUUUAAAUAGAAUGGAUUCAGUGUUGGUAUAUUUUCUGGACCUUUGGGGUCAUGGACAGUGUUCUAUUUUACUAUGAUAUAAUGCUAGUGUGUUGCACAUUACAUUACCUUUCAUGAACAGACGCAUUUAUUUUGUUUGAUUGUUUUCUACAUUUCCAAAGGGUCUUAUAUAGAUUUUAUUUACUGUGUAAACAAGAAAGCCGGUAGGCUUUUUUUAUAAAUAAUUAUUAGAUAGAAAACUAAAACUUAAUGAUUAACUUUUUUACUGAUGUAGAAUUAUCAACUUUGUAAACGUACCUCAGUUUUAUAAUUGUUGAGAUAGAUCUGGAUGCAUGUGCCUUUAAUGAUUUUUCAGCGUUCAAUUAAAGGAAGAUGUAUAUGAAUACAGAUCAUUUGCUCAAUCACAUAUUAUACGUAUUGUGAAUCAUUCAUUUGACAUAAAGAAAAUAUCAGUUAGAGCGACGAGUUCACACCUUAUAAGCAAAACUUGUUUUUCCUAAAACGUUGAAAUGUGGGUGUUGUGUACAAACUUAUUGACAUAUGAAGUUUACAAGAUAUCCUAAUAAAUAACCAGAGGUACUGUGCCGGAUUUACGUGACAUUAUUCCUAAACAAAAGAAAAUAAUAUUCACUGUACCAAAAACUUACUCUCAUUUUUUCUCCUUUUUAUAAUUUCCUUUUAGUUUGAAAUUGCCUUUAAGUUACUGGAGUUUCAACAUUAUCAAUUUUUCGUACCC